AUGAGCCAACAAGGUUAUGUUGCAACACCUCCAUAUUCCCAAUCCCAACCGGGUAUUGGAGGUUUUUCUACAGGCUUUGGACCACCUACUUCCUCACCUCUUUAUGGGCAUUAUGGCGACCCAAACCUAUCAUACUCGGCACCUCAGUCAGGUAUGUUGAAAUCUAAUGUGCCUUUUGGGUCCUCUGCUCCUGUUGGAUCUCCACCUCCUGGCACCCAUCAGUAUAGCCAGACUAACCUCCAGAAUGGCCCCCGUUCAACUGGACAUCAGCCACACAGGUUUCAAGGCCCUUCACCUCGCAACAAUGCAGCACCUUCCUAUCCCCAGUACUGCCCUCAGUCACAGCCAUCCUAUCCAAAUAGUGCAUCCUCUUCAUCCACAACACAACUGGCUAAUCAGCUCAGCACCCUGCAGAUAAAUAACUAUGGUCCUGGUGCUUCUCAGAGUUCUCUCAUGCCUUCUGGGAUUCCAACAUCUUUUCAAGGUCCAUGUCCUCCACCACCACCAACACAGCAGCAAAUGGUCUUGCCACCUGGAUCUCAGAUUUCUCCAGCACCAGCAAAUAAUCUGAAUGGCGUUUGUACUCCACCCUCACUGCCUCCAAUGGCUAUGCAGGAUGGGAUUCCUGGAUCUGUACCCCCAAAUGCCAACUUGCAGCAACUUCCAGGACAACCCCCAGUGCCUGGGUAUCAUCCACAGCAUGCCAACUAUGGCCCUCAGAUGGCAGGCUCUCAGCUCUCUUAUCCUGGUGCCUUUCCUGGGGGCCCAGGACAGCUUGCUGGUCCACAGCAGAGGAAGCUUGAUCCUGACUCCAUCCCAAGCCCCAUUCAAGUAAUUGAAAAUGAUAAGGCUUCCAGAGGAGGUCAAAUCUAUGCUACAAACAUCAGAGGCCAAGUUCCUCCUCUUGUCACCACAGAUUGUGUGAUCCAAGAUCAAGGCAAUGCCAGCCCUCGUUAUAUUCGAUGUACUGCCUACUGCUUCCCAUCCUCUUCCGAUAUGGCCAAACAAGCUCAGAUUCCAUUGGCUGCUAUUAUCAAGCCUUUUGCUGCUGUUCCACCAAAUGAGACACCUCUUUAUGUUGUCAACCAUGGGGAGACUGGGCCAAUUCGAUGCAACAGAUGCAAAGCCUAUAUGUGUCCCUUCAUGCAGUUCAUUGAAGGGGGAAGAAAGUAUCAAUGUGGAUUUUGCAACUGCAUAAAUGAUGUCCCUCCAUUCUUCUUUCAACAUCUGGACCACAUUGGCAGAAGAACAGACCACUACGAGAGGCCAGAGUUAUCUCUAGGAUCAUAUGAAUAUGUCGCUACAUUGGAUUAUUGCAGAAACAACAAGCCUCCAAACUCACCAGCCUAUAUCUUCAUGAUCGACGUGUCAUAUAGUAACAUAAAGAGUGGCCUUGUUAAACUCAUAUGUAAUGAGCUGAAGACUGUGCUGGAUAAACUUCCAAGAGAGGACCAAGAAGAGACCUCAGCUAUUCGAGUUGGCUUUGUCACCUAUAACAAAGUUCUUCAUUUCUUUAAUGUAAAGAGCAACCUAGCUCAGCCUCAGAUGAUGGUAGUAUCGGACGUUGGAGAAGUCUUUGUUCCUUUGCUGGAUGGUUUCCUUGUCAACUUUCAGGAAUCACGAUCUGUUGUGAACAACUUGUUGGACCAGAUUCCAGAGAUGUUUGCAGACACUAAUGAGAGUGAGACUGUCUUUGCUCCUGUUAUCCAGGCUGGCAUGGAAGCACUAAAGGCAGCAGAAUGUGCUGGAAAGUUGUUUAUCUUCCAUUCUUCAUUGCCGACUGCUGAAGCACCAGGGAAGCUGAAAAAUAGAGAUGACAAAAAACUGAUCAAUACGGAUAAAGAGAAGAUACUUUUCCAGCCGCAGGUGAAUAUUUAUGAGUCUCUGGCCAGAGAUUGUGUGGCUAAUGGCUGCUGUGUGAAUCUGUUCCUCUUCCCAAACCAGUAUGUGGAUGUAGCCUCCAUGGGUCUUGUCACAAUGUACACUGGAGGAACUCUUUACAAAUACAACAAUUUUCAGGUACAUUCUGACGGUCCCCAAUUCCUGAGUGACCUCAGGAAGGAUAUAGAAAAAAGAACAGGAUUUGAUGCAAUCAUGAGGGUUCGCACAAGUACAGGUUUCAGGGCCACUGACUUCUUUGGUGCCAUUUACAUGAACAACACCACAGAUGUAGAGAUGGCAGCAGUAGACUGUGACAAAGCAAUAACAGUGGAGUUCAAGCAUGAUGACAAACUGAAUGAAGACAGUGGAGCCUUAAUUCAGUGUGCUGUACUUUACACUUCGAUAAGUGGGCAAAGACGACUCCGCGUACACAAUAUUGGUUUAAACUGUAGUUCCCAGUUAGCAGAUCUCUACAAGAGUUGUGAAACUGAUGCACUUAUAAACUUCUUUGCUAAAUCAGCUUUCAAAGCCAUUCUAAGCCAGCCCUUAAAGACAAUCAGAGAGAUCCUGGUGAGUCAGACUGCUCGUAUGUUGGCAUGUUACAGAAAGAAUUGUGCCAGUCCAUCUGCAGUAAGCCAGCUUAUCCUUCCCGAUGCGAUGAAGGUGCUACCAGUUUAUAUUAACUGUUUAUUAAAAAGUUGCGUGCUAGUUGGCAGACCAGAAAUUCCAACAGAUGAAAGAGCUUAUCAUAGGCAGUUGGUCAUGUCUAUGGAUGUUGCAGACACCCAGUUGUUUUUCUAUCCACAGCUUCUGCCAAUUCACACUAUGGAUGUAAAGAGUGAUGCUUUCCCCACUGCGGUCCGUUGCUCAGAGGAACGUCUGUCUGAAGGAGGGGUAUUCUUCUUGGCAAACGGGCUAAAUAUGUUCUUGUGGCUGGGAGUCAGUGCCCCACCAGAGCUUAUUCAAGGGAUCUUUAAUGUGCCAUCCUUUGCACAUCUCAGCACCGAGGCUACACUACUCCCUGAAGUGGACAAUCCCUAUUCUAAGAAGCUCAGAUCAAUAAUGGAUUACUUCCAGAGCAACAGACCUUACUCCAUGAAGCUGCUAAUAGCAAAGCAACGAGAACAAGCAGAAAUGCUUUUCCGACAAUACCUGGUGGAAGACAAAAGUCUUUAUGGAGGAGCUUCUUAUGUUGAUUUCCUAUGCUGUGUCCAUAAAGAGAUCUGUCAGUUGCUCAACUAA